GGGGGUGGGGGUGGGGUGGUGAGAGUGUGGACCUUAACCACUGGGCCCCCAGGACUGGCCUUCUUCAACCACUACCUGUCCGCAUCUUUCGUGGUGGUGGUUUCUGUGGCGGUGACGUAAUUAGCGUUGCCAAGGGGCAUUGACUCACUUUUUAUUGCUCUGAGCCAUCCUUGUUGCAAAGUAACCACCCUGAUACCUCGUCUGCACCAGGAAGCAAGCCUGCAGGUGGGAAACCCCCUUGUGGUGCCUCCGUGCCAGCGCCUCGAACCUGUUCUGAUGGAUUAGUGUAAGUCAGGGGUCAGUGCAGGCUCAGCCUUCCUCAGUGUGACCCCGCUCCCACCCCAUUGCUGCUGACAUUUCUCCUUUGCCAGAGUGCAGGGUCACGAGCUCCGUACUACAGCUCAUCCUCCUAGUCGUUGCUCGUUUCCCCACUUGAAAGAAUCCGCCACGCUCCUCCAGCCUCCACCCCGCCCAACCUCAGGCCUUCCUGAAUCCCCAGCUCUGACCGCCCUGCGUGCCAGGAGGCAGGGAGCCAGUUUUGGCUAGGGGCUUCUUGCUGCUGCCAAAUUAGCAACUCCUGCCCUUGGGUCCGGCCACUUGCUGACGCUGACAAUGUUGACUCUGUGACAGUGACAGAGAGGUGUUGCUGCUCCCAUUUCAUAGAUCAGAAACAAGGGCCCAGAGGCUAAGCGAUCAAUAAGGUCAGACUGCUAGGAAGUGGGAGGACCAGACUGGAACUCUGGCUGACCUCCACGCCCGGGGGCCUGUCCUUUCUGUCGGUGGAGGCCUUUCCCGAGGGACGGAGGGUGGGCCUACACACGGUAGUUUGCACCCCAUCCUCAGUCCUGGAGAUGGGGGCUGGGCCUCUCCUUGAGUUACCACCCUGAAACAGCAGGCCAGGCCAGUUUUAUCAACAGUUUCAGGCCUGUGAGAUGGGCUUGGCCCAGUUAAAGAUUGUGAUUAAGACAGGCAGUUCAAUUACUUACGAGAAAGAUGACCCAUCCCACCAGACAGUGGAAGCACAGUGUCUGAAGAAGAGUCAGGCUGGUCCAACUUCCUCAGGCCUCCGGCGCUGCCUCCUGAGGCCUGGGAUUGCUGUGUGUGAGGAGCCCUCCCAGCCAGCUUCCCCCGUUUGCUCUUUGUGUUCAGUGAGAGGUUAUAGCUUCCGGGAAGGACGAUGAAACUAAUGCAGCGUCGGGAGGAGAACACGUGUGGGAGCAGGGAACAGACUCCCAGACCUCAGCGCCCUCCCUUCCCGGGGCCACCUUUGCUCAGAUGCCACCCUGCACAGGCGGGGCUGCUGCAGUCACAGCUCGUGCCUCUGUCCCCCCACUGGCGCAUUAGCCAAAACGUACUAAAGCGAGUGCCCUGAAGAAGCCAUAAGGCUGGCCCCUUGCCAGCACCACCUGUCAGUCUUGGAGGCGUGGAGUUCAUGAACUUGUCAUUCCCUUACUCUGUUGUUGUUCAUACUUCCGUUUCACGUGUAUAUGUGUCUUUCUCCCUCACCUUAUUGUAAACAUCUUUUAAAAAUUUCUGUUUUCUUUAUUUGGAAAUGUAAUACAAGCAGGUGGUAAAAAAUUUAAACAGUGCAAAACGGUACCAGGGAAAAGUAAAUUUCACACUGACCCCUGUUCCUCAAGCUCCGGCUCUUAGCACAGAGAUAAUUAUGGUUUCCAAUGUUUAGAAUAUCCUUCAGAGGUAUUUUAUUCUUCUAUAAGCGUGUACGUAUCUGUGUCCUUCCCUCACUCCCCCUCCCACACGUUAGCAGACUGUUCUGCACUGUGGUUUUCUAACGUCACAUACCUCGGUGACUGUGCUACGUGAGAACAUACAGGUCUCCUGGAACCUUUUCCUGACUGCUAGCGUUCUGUUGUAUGUACGUGUCCUCAGUGAUCUAACCAGCACCCUCUUGAUGGGCGUUUAGGGAUCACAAACUCCAGAAGGGCAGACACAAGAUCUUACCCAUCUUUUGUUUCCUACACUCUGGCCUAAAAAAAAGGGGUGAGCCAGGAUUGUUCAGUAAUUAAAACACAACACAAACCACAACCGUCCAUUCAUGAAAAGUGGAGAGCAGCUCUAUUUUCUCUCAGCUCUGAGUUCUGACAUCUGCAGCUUUGCCACACUGAAAAUGUGCUAGUUCUCGUUCAGCUUUCCUAUCAGCCACACCAUCAACCAACACGUCCUGAGCGCUGCCAGGUGUCAGCAGUUAGAAAACGUGGAUGCAAGAAACGUCCCUGCCCUCUAGGAAAUUAGAAUCUGGUUGGGGAGAGAAGAAAGGUACUUUCUGGCAAAAGCGAUGUAACAAAAUAAUCAAGAAAGGAUGGAUAAAUUUUAAAAAUGCUGUUAGGACAAUUGGCUCUCCACUUGCAAGUAAACAAAGUUAGAUGCCUACCUCAGACUAUGCACACAUACACAAAAAUUCCAAAAGGUUUAAAGAUAUGAGUGUUGAAACAAAACUAUAAAGGAAUUAAAAGAGAUAUAGGAAAUAAAAGACCAGAGACAGUUUCCCUAAGCAAGACAUAAAAGCCAGAAGUCAUAAAGGAAAAGAUUGAUAAAUUUGACUACUUAAAAACGUAAAACUUCUGUAUAAUCAAAGACAUGAAAACUGCAUUAAAACACAGGCAAUGCCGAGUCCAUUCAGAAGAUGGCUGGUCCUUGGCAGGAAUGCAUGGAUUAUGCAGUAACACUAGCAAGACAAGCUGGAGAGGUGGUUCGUGACGCCCUGAAAAAUGAAAUGAAUGUUAUGAUUAAAAGUUCUCCAACUGAUUUGGUAACUGCUACUGACCAAAAAGUUGAAAAAAUGCCUAUCUCUUCUAUAAAGGAAAAAUACCCUUCUCACAGUUUCAUUGGUGAGGAAUCUGUGGCAGCUGGGGAAAAAAGUGUCUUAACCGACAACCCUACAUGGAUCAUUGACCCUAUCUAUGGGACAACCAGCUUUGUACAUAGAUUUCCUUUUGUAGCUGUUUUGAUUGACUUUGUUGUAAAUAAAAAGAUGGAAUUUGGGGUUGUGUACAGUUGUGUGGAAUAUAAGAUGUACACCGGCAGGAAGGGAAAAGGUGCCUUCUGUAACAGUCAAAAACUGCAGGUUUCACAACAAGAGGGAUCUGAGGGGUUGGGACAGCAGCUGUUAAUAUGUGCCUUGUGGCAGCUGGAGCUGUGGAUGCGUAUUAUGAAAUGGGAGUUCACUGCUGGGACAUGGCAGGAGCUGGCAUCAUUGUUACCGAAGCUGGUGGAGUACUCAUGGAUGUAAUCGGUGGUCCAUUUGGUUUGAUGUCACGAAGAAUAAUUGCUGCAAGUAGUGAAAGUUUAGCAGAAAGGCUAGCCAAAGAAAUUCAGAUAUUAUCUUUUCAAAGAGACGAUGAAGAUUAACUACACAGCCUCAUAUGUCCAAGCACAGUUGCAUCUCCCCAGAUUUGCUGACACACUGAUGGUGUUAGGCAAUUUCAGAUGUAUAAUAUAAUUGGUUUAAGUUGUCAUUGAUGUCAAGAUUAAAAAAUUGCCAUUUGUUUCAUAUUUUACUAAGACUAGGUAUGAAAGAAUAGAUGAAAUGUUUGUUUUAUUGUUUUAAAAAAUUUUGCACAUAAGAAUGUACUUUAGGAAAAAUACACAGGCAGUUGAUGAGAUCAUUAUAUCAACUGAGAUAGUUAGCAACGUAGAGUUUCUAGGUAUAUACGAGCUUCUGAAAUUUUGACUUACUAUUUAUACACAUAAGCAUUCUUAAUUAGAAAGUUAACUUUUUGGAAAAAAUUUUCUCUUUAGUUCCAAAAGCCAUACUUAAUUAAAUUUGUAAGAAUAGAACGAGUGUUUCCCAGCCCGAGGUUUCUUUGUCUGCAGAGAAUGCUGUUGUCCUCAUUGGUAGCACAUCGGUAGCAGUGUAUUCAUGCGUGUAGCACUUAGCGCAGUCCUUGUCAAACAUAGGCAAUCCAAAAAUAAGCACUGAAAGAGUGACUGGUUUGCAGGUCGCAGUUCUUAGUUACAACAGAUAAAGUAGUGAGCACACUGUUCUGUAUUUUCACUUCAGGUUUUGAGGUAAAAAUCAUCUCAUCAUCCUUUUCAUAUUUCACGUUACCAUUCCUGUAACAUUUCAUAUUACUGUGCCAUUUCCAUUGCCAUAACACCAGGUAUCAUUCCUAAUGGUGGACGUUUCUGCAGUUGAUAUAUUUUUCAAAACACUGCAUUACAGUAUUAGUUUGCAUUCCUUUAAAGUCCCUAUGUAAAAGCGAAGAAACUGUUUCAAAAAAGAAUCCUCAUCAGGCAUCUGAUAUAAUUAGAUACAGUAUAACGUUUUACUGAAUUCAAUAUUUAUGAUUCAACGAUGUGCAGACUGAUGUGGUUGUCACAGGAAACCCACAACCUGCGAGUAUGCUGUACUGUUGAUAGUGAACUGUUUGUUCUUCCCAGACUUCUCGUUUAACUGUAUUGCCACUGGAUUCUAUUCAGCCUUUAAAUAUUCCUUAAUAGUCUCUGGCGUAUUGAACUCAAAAAGAAAAUUGUUCUGGUUCAUAGAUAUUUUUAAAAGAUUCAUUUAUUGCUUAGCCUUGUCGCUUACCAGUAAACAGACUAUUAUGUUUUGUCCUAGCCUCAUGUCCUAGGCUCAGGCCUUGUAUCUGAUAAAAUGAAAGUGCACCUAUCAAGUCCUCAGGGUUGGGGGUUAUUUUAUCGUUGUGCACAUCCAAUACAUUCAAUAUAUAUGAUGCUAAGAUUUGAGUUUUUAUAUAUAAUUACUAUAUUUGCACUGCUGGUCAUGUGCCAUAAAAACAUCUCAUACUGUUUUAAGACAGGUUGUUUUUGCAAUUA